GAAGAAACCCAAGACAGCUGAAAACCAGAAGGCGUCUGAGGAGAAUGAGAUUACUCAGACGGGUGCAUGCAGCGCCAAGCCGGGCCUUCCCUGCCUGAACCUUGAAGCUGUUCCGUCUCUGAGCCCGGCCCUCAUCCACUUUCCACAUUCACCAACAAACCUGCACGCACACACAGGGUCAUCUGAUUGUAACAUCAGUUGCAAGGGGAUGACAGAGCGCAUUCAUAGCAUCAACCUUCACAACUUCAGCAAUUCUGUGCUCGAGACCCUCAACGAGCAGCGCAACCGUGGCCACUUCUGUGACGUGACGGUCCGCAUCCACGGGAGCAUGCUGCGCGCCCACCGUUGUGUGCUGGCGGCUGGCAGCCCCUUUUUCCAGGACAAAUUGCUGCUGGGCUACAGUGACAUCGAGAUCCCCUCAGUGGUGUCAGUCCAGUCUGUGCAAAAGCUCAUUGACUUCAUGUACAGCGGGGUGCUGCGGGUCUCACAGUCAGAGGCCCUCCAAAUCCUCACAGCUGCCAGCAUCCUGCAGAUCAAGACUGUGAUCGAUGAGUGCACAAGGAUUGUCUCGCAAAAUGUGGGAGAGGUCUACCCAGUGAUUCAGGAUUCUGGCCAGGAGACACCCAGAGGAACACCCGAAUCAGGCACCUCGGGGCAGAGCACCGACACAGAGUCUGGCUACCUGCAGAGCCAUUCACAGCACAGUGUGGACAGGAUCUAUUCGGCCCUCUAUGCCUGUUCCAUGCAAAAUGGCAGUGGGGAGCGCUCCUUUUACAGCGGAGCUGUGGUCAGCCACCAUGAAACAGCCCUGGGGCUCCCCAGGGACCAUCACAUAGAAGAUCCCAGCUGGAUUACCCGGAUCCAUGAACGGUCGCAACAGAUGGAGCGGUACCUCUCCACCACUCCAGAGACCACACACUGCCGCAAGCAACCGCGCCCUGUCCGAAUUCAAACCCUGAUGGGCAACAUCCAUAUUAAGCAGGAGAUGGAGGAUGACUAUGACUACUAUGGCCAACAGAGGGUGCAGAUCCUUGAGCGCAAUGAGUCUGAGGAAUGCACUGAGGACACUGACCAAGCAGAAGGCACUGAGAGUGAGCCCAAAGGGGAGAGUUUUGACUCAGGCGUCAGUUCCUCCAUUGGCACUGAGCCUGAUUCCAUGGAGCAGCAGUUUAUGGCUGCUCUGGGCCGGGAUGGGCAGCAAGAACCUUCUCAAGCAGAUCAAAAUGACGUCCCUGCUGAUGGCACUCAGCCGCAGCAGCAGCAGCAACAUGUAGAUGCCAACUCUUCCUCACCAGAGAGAAGCAAUGACGUUGAAAUGGACAGCAAAGUGCUCACAGUCAAUAACAGCACCGAAAAGGGGGCUUUGCAGCCUUCUGUCAACACAACUGUUGCCCAACCAUUGCCAACCACACAGAUCUACUUACGCCAGACAGAAACCCUCACCAGCAAUCUGAGGAUGCCACUGACUCUGACCAGCAACACUCAGGUCAUUGGUACAGCUGGCAACACCUACCUGCCUGCCCUUUUCACCACGCAGUCUGCUGGCAGUGGCCCUAAACCUUUUCUCUUCAGCCUGCCCCAGCCUUUAGCUGGCCAACAGACACAGUUUGUGACAGUGUCCCAGCCUGGCCUGUCAACCUUUACUGCCCAGCUGCCAGCCCCACAGCCCUUGGCCCCGUCUGCGGGCCACAGCACAGCGGGUGGGCAAGGCGAAAAAAAGCCUUACGAGUGCACUCUCUGUAACAAGACUUUCACCGCCAAACAGAACUAUGUCAAGCACAUGUUUGUACACACAGGUGAGAAACCACACCAAUGCAGCAUCUGUUGGCGCUCCUUCUCUUUAAAGGAUUACCUAAUCAAACACAUGGUGACGCACACCGGCGUGAGGGCGUACCAGUGUAGUAUCUGCAACAAGCGCUUCACCCAGAAGAGCUCCCUUAAUGUGCACAUGCGUCUCCACCGUGGGGAGAAGUCCUACGAGUGCUACAUCUGCAAGAAGAAGUUCUCCCACAAGACCCUGCUGGAGAGGCAUGUGGCUCUGCACAGUGCCACCAACGGCACGCCUGGAGCCACCGGCACCGGCACGAGGGCUGUCCCCGCCGGGGUGGUGGCCUGCACGGAGGGGACCACGUACGUCUGCUCUGUCUGUCCAGCUAAGUUUGACCAAAUCGAGCAUUUCAACGACCACAUGAGGAUGCAUGUGUCAGACGGAUAAGUAGAAUCUCUCUCUCUCUCUUUGUUAUGAACAACAAAAAUAGAAACAACAAAAAAAAAAAGAAAGCUAUGGCACUAGAAUUUAAGAAAUUAUUUUUGUUUCAUUUUUACCUUUAUUUUCCUCCUUUUUUUGGGUUCAUUUUGUUUUGUUGUUUUUGUACUACAUGAAGAACUGUUUUUUGCCUGCUGGUACAUUACAUUUCCGGAGGCUGGGUGAAUAAUAAUUUUCCCAGCCUCCCUCGGAUGGUGGCCUUAAGGCCAGGUAGUGCUUCAUGAGCUCCACUGGUUGGAUCUCUAGCUACUGGCCUCUAAAUACAACCCUUCUUUACUACAAAAAGCAAAAAACAAAAAAAAAAAAACCACAAAAAAAAAUUUAAAAAAAACAGACAGAAAAAUAAUAAAAAAAAAAAUCUUUUUUUCUCACUUGUGAAGAGCACUACAAAAAAAACAAACAAAACAAAAUAUACUACAAAUCUACAAGGCCUACUGUCAUUAUAAGUACACCGCUUGCAGUGUUUCAAUGGACAUGAUUCACAUUGCUGACCGCUUUUGGACUUCACAGUAUCCAGUUAGAACUGUGGAAUAUUUUGCUUCUGGUUGAGCAGCAACCAGAGGAAACAAGGCCCUGCUGGUUUCCACCACGAGUCUGCUUUUUCACACACACGCAUCCACAAACACACAAAAGGGCUGAGGGGAAUGCGAGGCAGUGUGGCUUGGAUAGUGUGGAGUCCCUGCAGGGUGAGGAAAAAGAAUCAGAGGUUCCUCACCUGGAUUCUGCUCCAUCCCACGCUCCCUGGUGCACCCUCCCCGCUGCUUUUCUCGUACCACCACCACCACCUUAUAGCAGAAACCAAGAAGAUUCAGACAAAGAGCAACGGUGGCUUUUUGUAAUUUAUUCAGUGUCUUCGCUGAGCACAGGGCCUCAGCACAAUCAAGAGGGACUUUCACAGAAGGCAAAGAGAAACACAGAGGAAAAUCAAAGAUAUCAGAGGUUGCAACCUAUGGAUCUAGGUACAAGAGAAGGGUUAGUUCCCACAAUCUUUGCAAAAAAAAAAAAAAAGUUGCAUCAGGAUUUAUUCUUGUGGAAGAAAGAGGA